AUGUUGGAGGGUUGUCCGCCCAGGACGCGUUGCCGAUAUCCAGAAUCCAACAAAGGGUCGUCGAUAGCUUCUCCCGUCGUCCCCAGAAUCGCACCCACAGAACAGUCUCCCGUCGCCGAUAGCUUCUCUGGAUCGCGUCUCAGGCCGAAACCAACGAAGGGUUGCCGCCCUGGUUGCGUCGCUAACGAGAAGUUUCUGAAAGUCUCCGAUCUCAUUUUCAAUCUUGGCCGCAUGGUUCUCAACACCUUUCCCUAUUCCAUUCAAGAACUCCGGAAUCCCUACUUUCACUGCAACAUAAAUUAA